AUGCGGCGCGCCAGCCGAGACUACGCCAAGUACUUGCGCGGCGCCGAGGAGCCGGAGGGCGCCCCGCCGCUGCCUUCCCUGCCCGCGCCGCCCGCGCCGCCUAGCGCGCAGCCCUCCGCCGCGCCCGCUUCGCGCUCGCUGCUGGCCGCGCUGGCGCUGCUGGGCCUCGGCCAGGUGGUCUGCAGCAUCGCCCUCUUCCUCUACUUCCGAGCGCAGAUGGACCCUAACAGAAUUUCGGAAGAGGAUACCCAUUGUCUGAGAACCUUUCUGCGACUCCAGGGGAAUAUAGACCUGCAGGAAACAACCUUGGCAAACCAAGAAACAAGGCUGCUGUCUGAAUCGUGCAGGAGGAUGAAGCAGGCAUUUCAAGGAGCGAUGCAGAAGGAAGUCCAGCGUAUUAUUAUUGGCAAGGAUCAGUCAAGAUCAGAUAAAUCUACAAUGGGAGCGUCAUGGCUAGAUUUGCCCAAGAAAAACAAGCCUGACAAAGCACCCCUGGCCCAUCUCAUAAUCGAUGGCAAUAAAAUUCCAGCUGGUACCAAAAAAGUGAACCUUACAUCUUGGCAUCACGACAAAGGCUGGGCAAACAUACGGAACAUGACCUUCAGUGAUGGGAAAUUGGAAGUCAAUCAUGAUGGCUUUUAUUAUCUGUACACCAAUGUAUGCUUUAGACACCAUGAAGCUUUGGGAAACCUAACUGGACAAAUUCUGCAGUUGAUGGUAUAUGUCAUAAAAACAGAUGCUAAAAGGAGAAACCCUGUAGUUUUGAUGAAAGGAGGAAGCACAAAGAAUUGGUCAGGAGACUCAGAAUUUCAUUUUUAUUCUGUAAAUGUAGGAGGGUUUUUCAAACUGAAAUCUGGUGAAAUAAUAAGUAUCCAGGUAUCAUACCCGUCAUUACUGGAUCGCUCUCCGGAAGGAACUUACUUUGGGGCCUUUAAAAUAAGGGAUAUCGAUUGAGUUUUGCUUCAGGAUUUUUCAGAGGGGAAGUAGCCUAUUCAUUCAGAUGGACCAGAUUAUGGGAGAUGUGAUGGAAGGGCUUUUCGGAUCCAAUUGUACAGGAACGAUCAUUUCUCCCUAGACCAGGGGUAGUCAGUGUGGUGCUCUCCAUCUUUUCUCGGACCACAACUCCCAUAACUGCUGGCCAUUGGAGAGGCUGACUAGGGGUUGAUGGGAGUUGUACCCCGAGAACAUCCGGUGAGCACCACAUUGGCUAUCCUUGUUGCAGACAGUCUUCUCUACAGCCCAAUUGCACUUAGGAUAGUUCAUUUUCCAAUGCUCAAUUUGAAAUUUGGGUUAUGGAUUUGGGAUAUGUGGAUAUAAAUUGGCAUCAGUCCAUAAUAAGCAUCUAAACUAUUUUUUUUAGAGACGUACUUGAAAAUCCGAGCACACUUUUCGUGAUGCUCAAGAAACAAAAGGUGGAAUCCGGACUAAGUUAGUUGCAUGCAAGUUCCAUUGAAAUCAAUAAUGAAAAGUCCCAUUUAUUUUGGGGGAACUAAAUGCAACUAACUUACAAAACCAUCCUGUACAUAUCUACUCAGAAGUAAAUCUCAAGGAGUUCAAUGGGGUUUACUCCUAGGUAAGUGUGUAAAGGAUUCCAGCUUUCAUUUUGAUGGAAGAUUUAGAAGUGUGGAUUUUUAACAUUUGGUUUGUUUUGCAUGUUUGGUCUGCAAAGCAACCUGUGCACUGAUGGCACUUUUAAAUAAACAUUAGUACUAUUUUCCCCCAUAACCAAAGCAUUUGAAAAGCCAAUUUUAUUUUGCCCAGUUUAAAAGUCUCUCUAGACCUGGAUUCAGGGGAAAUGUUAGAAUCUUUAAUUAAAAAUAGAAUUGCCACUUUUCCUUGUUUGUUUUCCAGAUGAUGAAAAUAUUUGUUCUUCUGCAGGCAGAAUUGCAUCUUGUGUGUGUUGUAUUUUGUACCUAUGUGCCUUAAUUGGUUUUCUUUUUGUUCCACUCCCCCCAACCCGCUCUGGCCAAGGGAUAUGCCGCCAAAGGUUCCAGUGUUGUACAUUUUGUAACUUCUGUCACUGAAGUUGUUCCUGACUUGCAUGUUGCCACAUGCGUUUUCUCCUGCAAUGUAAGAGUGCUUUUACUGUUGUGAUGGAAGACCAGCAAUGAAAAAGGGAAAAGUUAUUGCAUAUCUAGGUGACACUGGAAGUGUGGGGUGAUUGACUAUUCGACAAUGCAGUGAUAAUGAGGACUAACUCACAUCCCAUUUUUAAAAAGGUUACAUACAUCUACCAAGAGUUUUAGUGCCUUUCUAAACAUACCGUAUUUUUCCGUCUAUAAGACGCCCCCAUGUAUAAGACACCCCCUAUUUUUGGGGACUCAGA